UUCUCCCAGUUAGUUCUAAACACCAAAAAGCGGGUUGACUGCUGCUGCAGGCUCCAGCUGUAAUAUGCUGGCUGAACAGUAGAUGGCAGCAGUGACGCUCAGAGGCCUUUGUUUCUGUGUCUCUGCCUGGAAUCCAGAAGAGGAAGGAGGAGAAAGAAGCGAAGGGAAGAGGUGUGUUUUCAAAAAGAAGGGUGUGUUGUGUCAGUGCUGGAUAAGUAUGUGUGGCAACAACACGAUACAGUUUCAAAUGCUACGUGCUGAAGUUUGCUGAGGACCUCAAGGAUCUCUUCACUCAGGACUCCUUUGCUCAGGAAGGGAUUCACAAAGUUGUGUGAAAAGAUGCAGAGCAGCAGCAGAGUCCAGCAGCUGUACGGGAGAUGGACGGCCCUGCUGAAUCGCCUCCAGGAGGAUCCCAAAGUGGCUCAGGUGAUGAAUUCCAGAAUCGGGCAGUACCUCAGCAGCCACCCCUUCGUGGCUCUCUCAGUGAUGCUCUUCAGCGCCAUGGCUGCUCUGCCUUUUGGACUCUUCCUCAGUUUUGCACUUGUGACUCUCAUCAUGGCAGCUGUAGGCUUCGUCUUCUUUGAGGCGUUCUUGUUGUUUGUCGGCGGGGUGACCCUGCUGUGUGUGCUGUCCGGCAUCGGCGUCUUCUCCGUCGUGGUUGCAGUCUUCAUUAAUGUAGUCUACACCACCAGCUCCAGCCUCCUGAGCUGCUAUAACACAAGGCAGGCCGAGAGAAGUCAAAGCGAGGAGAAGGACGGCGGCGAUGACACGUCAGCAGAAACACAGUAGUUCUCUUCUCUCGACAUGCGACACUCUGAAUGCUAAAAUCUGGAAUCUGGUGUUUAAAUUAAUUUUGGAAGCACACUGGUGGUUACUGUUACAUCCGGAGUUUUAUCUUGUCGUCUCCAUGUAGUUUGUAGUCUGAAAGAACUCAUCUUUCAUCUGCUUCAUGAGCUGAUUUUAGUCUAAUUUGCACACAGAAAAAAUGUCAGAAUUAACAAAGCUUGAAAUGGAAACCCUCAGCGCCUUUAAAUGGUGCUUCAGUACGAAAAUGCCUUUACGUGUUACAUUUGUUUGCAGCUAUUUAUUUUAUUGAGCUCUUUACACAGUUGUUGUGCGCCGUUUAUAUUUGCUGUUGCAAAGAGCGCAGUCUUGUUCAUGCGUGUAUAAAACAUAAA